AAAACUACUACGUAUAAGCCACACAGGCAGCAUCCCAGUUAGGAAAAGCAGAGAUGAGGUGCAAGAAUGGUAGGUAUAUAACAUGUCUGGAUAUCUGGGAGGAUGCAGAGAACCAGACAGUCCAACAAAACCUUUCUGAGGAAUUCACAGACAAACGACAAACUUCUCCUUUCAAACAUGUCCUCGAAUGAUCAGAACAUUUCCUCGCCCGAGCUCUGCGAAAUCAUCGGACUGCCGCUCGAUGACCUCACACACUGCCAUGGACAGGCAAGAUCAACAAGACGCCGCUGUCGGAAUCCCAUCGGUCGAGACCGUCGAACCGAAGCAGCCCGCUUGCUGAACUUAGGUACCCGGAUGCUCCGGCAGGGUCAACCUGUCGAUGAGAUUUUGGAAGACGCGGUGUUGCGGACUCUGUGCUGGCGCCAUAAGGAUGGCGCGUCUGAUCUGGUAGAUGACUGGAGGACAAAGGUCUGCGAGUUCCAGAGACAUGCUCGCGUCCAGUCUGAAAACACCAUUUCCAUUGAAGGCCAAUCACCAAGGCCGGCGGCUUCAGUUCCGUCUGUCACGCCCAGAGUCAAUCGGACGAGGAAUGUUGAUGCCCGAAAUGCCUUGUCGUCUCCCACAUCGACCAGCGUCCAGGCCAGAGAAACACAGAGAAGCCCGGCUUCCUCGUCUCGGAGGACUCCCGUUUCUCGCUCUAGCUCUCGCUCCAGCUCUCGCUCUCGAUCUAGCUCGUUCUCCUCGGUUUCUACUUCCACUUCUAUUUCAUCUGUUGCGACAACUCCACAAACCCCCAAUGGAGCCAGACGUCAGCCCAUCGAAGGCGACUGUCCGAUUUGCUAUGCAUCUUUGCGCCAGGAAGAAACAGAAGCAGACGACAACGAGCAUACUGACGAUGGAUCGCACCUUGUCUGGUGCAAAGCUCGAUGCGGAGCAAACUUUCACGAGGGAUGCCUGGACCACUGGGCUGCUCGGUGUCUGGAUGGGAUGAGGGAUGUAACCUGUCCAACGUGCCGGAGUCCGUGGCGGGAUUGAUUUAUUCUGGACGCUUUAGACAUGACGUUUAUGUACCAUAUUCUUUGCUUUUUCUUUUUCCUUUCGCUUCCUGGUUGCUUUCUUGGUGUUUUUAACGAAUGUGAUGUCCCGAUUAUCUGACGAGAAUAUUGUAUUAUAGAUUUUAGUGCUGUCCCUAGCAUCAUCCACUGCAUGAAUGCAUCCACGUUUCUAUCGAGGCAUGGGUGCAUUACCGGAAAGUCCGACACCCUCAAGCCGGACUCUCCUCAUCAGUCGUCUCAUGCGUGUGCAGCUUCAUGUUCACAAACAUCGUAAAUAACCCCAGAUCAUAGCUAAUCCUCAAAGCCCCCGCAACGACAAAGGCAAUCCAAAACCGACCAUGACCGGCAAGUAAACCAGUAAAGCUGGGACCCACCGUCGUCGCCAAUGUCCUCAGCAUACUUGUGAUUCCCAUGACGGCCGUGCGCUCCUCGGGUUUCACCACCGCAGCGAUGAAGGCUGUUCGGGGCGCUUGGUCCAUGCUGUUCAGGCCGGUGCGGAUGAAGAAUAAGAUUACCGUCAGGGGAACGCUCUGGGGGAUUGGAAAGAGCAGGACUGCCGUGGAGGACGGUAGAUGGGUGAAGACCAUGGUGUUGAUCAGACCGAGACGUCGAGCCAAGGGACCUGCGAAUACCGAAGAGCAGGACAUGAGGAAGUAACCGGCAGACAUGAUGUCGCCCAGGGUGGAUUUUGACAGAUGGAAUUUCCGGUCCAGGUAGUAGUUGGUCAGGGAAUACGAAACCAUUCCGUCCGCGAGGGAAUCAACGGCUAGCAGAAGCCAUAGCUUGUACAUGAUCGUCC